AUGCGCGGUGUCGACAGUAUGAACCCGAAAGAGAUCAAGACCUACUUCGACGAGCACGCCGGCGGCCUCCAGUACAAGCACAUUGAGUGGAUCGACGAUUCGUCGGCCAACCUCGUCUUCGCCUCCGAAUCGAGCGCGUCCGAGGCCCUCAUCGCCCUGUCGGCCAUCGACGUCGCGGACCCGGCCCAGCUGCCCGCGCUCGAGCUCCUGCCUGCGAAGCCGUGCGCGUCCAAGCCCGGCGCCACGCUGCAGGUCCGCAUCGCCGUCGUCGGCGACCGCAAGAUCAAGGGCGCCGCCGAGCGCAGCAGGUUCUACCUCUGGCACCCGGAGUGGGAGCGACAGAACAGGGACGACGGAAGGAACGGAGGCUACCGGAGCCGAUACCGCGACCGCGACCGCGACUCGUACGACAAGCGCCAGCGCGACGACCGCCACAACAGCGAUCGCAGCGGCAGGUACGACGGCAAGCAAGGCGACGAUGAGGGUAUCGAGCGGUUCGACGCUAGCCUCUACGACGACGACCAGGAGGCGCUCGCGCGGCGCGAGCCCCGGGCUCGGAGCAGGAGACGCGGCGGCCACCGCUACUCGCGGUCCAGGUCUAGAUCACGGACCCGGUCGCGCAGCCGGUCCGGCCGGUCCGACCGGUCCGACGACCACCGACGCCAGAAGGACAAUCGCGGCAAGGAGCUCUUUCCGGACCUGCGCAGCCGGAACGACAGAAGCGGCGGGUCCGGCCUCCGGGGCCGCUCGGCAUCGCCUGCACGAAGCCGGGACGGCGACGAUACCGUCUCAGUGGCAUCGUCGCGGAACCGGGACAAGGCGCGCGCCAUCAAGGACCGACUUUCUACGGCAGCGAAGGACAACCGGGCCAAGGAGCUGUUUCCCUCGAAGAUGGGUGCAGUCGGCGGCGGCAAGGCGCAAAUGGACCAGAUCGAUAAGGUCGAGGCGGUCAGCAGGAGCCUCAGCGCAGAUCGAGUUACAAGACCAGGAACUACAACGGGCGCAAGCACAGCGGCUGGCGGCACUAGCAUCAAGGGACUUGCAAAACAGCAGCAAUCGUCCCAGGGUGGCUCCGGCACCACGGGGUUCUCUAUCAAGGGGCGCGCGACGGCGAAGGAGCUCUUCCCGGAAAAACUUGGCAAUGCGGGCAAGGAGCUCUUUGCGGACAAGCUGGAGGGGAGGGGGAGGCCUAGGAGGAAAGCGGAGGACUCAUUCUAUUAG